UCUUGCCUUCCCAACGCCACUGGAUAAACCCACCCCCGAAUCGUUUCUUGCUCAAACGGCGACUACUAUAUAUAUUGUACGUUUUUCUUCGUUAAUCUUCCAUACAACUUUCUUAAAAUGGCGAGUACCGGGACAAGAAGCUUGGCGGCCCCAUUGCUGUUCCUGAAUCUGAUUAUGUAUUUUAUCGUGUUGGGGUUUGCGAGCUGGUGCCUCAACAGGUGGAUCAAUGGCCAAACUGCUCAUCCCAGCAUGGGAGGAAACGGGGCGACGGGGCAUUUCUUGACGUUCGCCAUACUCGCGGCGGUUCUUGGAAUAGUGUCAAAGAUCGCCGGCGGGAACCACCUGAGAGCCUGGAGGAACGACAGCCUCGCUGCCGCAUGUUCGUCGUCCAUUGUCGCGUGGGCGGUUACAGCGCUAGCUUUCGGGUUGGCGUGCAAAGAGAUAAAUGUGGGAGGGUGGAGAGGAUGGAGGCUGAGGGUGGUGGAGGCGUUCGUUAUCAUCCUGGCGUUCACGCAGCUGCUCUACGUUCUUCUGCUUCAUGCCGGGUUCUUCAGCAGCAGUUACGGGCCGGGUUAUAGGGAUACCGGAUACGGGCCUGGAACUCAUGAGCCGGCGCCCAAAGGCGGCGUUACUGCGGCGGGGAUCUGAUGAAAUGAAGUUAUAAUAAAUUAUGUAGGAGUGUAUGUAAAACUGUUGUCUGGUUGAUGAUGGGUUUUUCGUGUUCAUCAAUUUUCGUAUUUUCAAUUUCAGUUUCUGUAACAUCCAUGUCGUUUUCCAUUUCGCGUCCUGUUUGGCACGCUGGAAAUAUCUACACGUGGUGUUAAUCACUUGGUUUACCA